AUGGAGAGCUACCUCAACGAGAACUUCGGGGGCGUCAAGCCCAAGCACUCGUCCCACGAGGCGCUGGGCCGAUGGCGCAAGGUCGUCGGCGUCGUCAAGAACCCCAAGCGCCGCUUCCGCUUCACCGCCAACCUCGGCAAGCGCUCCGAGGCCGCCGCCAUGAAGCGGACCAACCAGGAGAAGCUGCGUGUUGCUGUGCUUGUUUCAAAGGCUGCGCUUCAGUUCAUCCAUGGCCUCGCUCCCCAGAGCGAGUACACAGUCCCUGCUGCUGUCAAGGCAGCAGGCUAUGGCAUCUGUGCUGAGGAACUGAGCUCUGUUGUCGAGAGCCACGACAUCAAGAAGUUGAAAGCACAUGGCGGCACUGAGGGCCUCUUAUCAAAGGUGUCUACCUCAGAGUCGGAUGGCGUCAGCACAUCCAAGGACAAGCUUGCAUCCCGGCAGGAGAUCUUUGGCAUCAACAAAUUCGCCGAGACGGAGGCCCGCAGCUUCUGGGUCUUUGUCUGGGAGGCGCUCCAGGACAUGACACUCAUGAUCCUUGCUGCAUGUGCCUUCUUCUCGCUUGUCGUCGGCAUUGCCACCGAGGGGUGGCCCAAGGGCGCGCAUGAUGGCCUCGGCAUCGUGGCUAGUAUUCUUCUGGUUGUGUUUGUCACUGCGACAAGCGACUACCGGCAAUCCCUGCAGUUCAAGGACCUUGACAAGGAGAAGAAGAAGAUCACGGUGCAGGUCACCCGGAGUGGGUACCGGCAGAAGCUCUCGAUAUACGAGCUUCUCGUUGGUGACAUUGUGCACCUUUCCAUUGGUGAUCAAGUACCAGCUGACGGUUUGUUCGUAUCAGGAUUCUCAUUGCUGAUUAAUGAAUCAAGCCUGACUGGGGAGAGUGAACCAGUUGCUGUCAAUGCCGAGAACCCAUUCCUUUUGUCAGGAACUAAAGUGCAGGAUGGUUCUUGCAAGAUGCUUGUGACAACAGUCGGCAUGAGGACUCAAUGGGGUAAACUCAUGGCCACCCUCAGUGAAGGAGGGGAUGAUGAGACGCCAUUGCAGGUCAAGCUGAACGGCGUUGCAACCAUCAUUGGCAAAAUAGGCCUCGUCUUUGCUGUUGUCACAUUUGCAGUGCUCACUGAAAGCCUGUUCCGACGCAAGAUCAUGGAUGGCUCGUACUUGAGUUGGAGUGGAGAUGAUGCACUGGAGCUGCUUGAGUUCUUUGCUAUUGCUGUUACCAUUGUUGUCGUAGCAGUUCCUGAAGGCUUACCGCUCGCCGUGACCUUGAGCCUUGCUUUUGCCAUGAAGAAGAUGAUGAAUGACAAGGCACUUGUCCGACACCUGGCAGCCUGUGAGACCAUGGGCUCAGCAACCUCCAUUUGCAGCGACAAGACUGGCACACUCACAACGAAUCACAUGACUGUCGUCAAGGCUUGCAUCUGUGGCAAAAUUAAAGAAGUGGAUAAAUCUUCAAACACCAAGAGCUUAUUCUCUGAGCUACCGGAUUCUGUCAUGACAAUGCUCUCGCAGUCCAUAUUUAACAACACUGGUGGCGAUGUUGUCAUCAACCAGGAUGGCAAACGCGAAAUACUGGGCACACCAACAGAGACAGCAAUUCUAGAGCUUGGCCUGUCACUCGGUGGAGAUUUCCAGGCAGUGCGAAAAGCAACCACCCUCCUCAAAGUCGAGCCAUUUAACUCAGCGAAGAAGAGAAUGGGAGUGGUCAUCCAGCUGCCAGGGGGCGCAUUCCGUGCUCACUGCAAAGGUGCAUCAGAGAUCAUAUUGGCAUCUUGCAGCAAGUACCUGAAUGAUCAAGGCAAUGCCGUCCCCCUUGACAGUGCAACUAUUGCUCACUUGAAUGCCACGAUCGAGAGCUUUGCAAAUGAGGCACUUCGCACUCUGUGCCUUGCUUACAUUGAAGUUGCACAAGGGUUCUCAGCUAAUGAUGCGAUUCCUGAAGAGGGGUACACAUGCAUUGGCAUUGUUGGGAUUAAAGACCCAGUGCGCCCGGGUGUGAAGGAAUCCGUCGCCAUCUGCAGGUCAGCCGGUAUUACUGUCAGGAUGGUCACAGGCGACAACAUUAACACAGCAAAGGCAAUUGCCCGGGAAUGUGGCAUUCUGACUGAAGGUGGUCUUGCCAUUGAAGGCCCAGAUUUUAGAACUAAGAGUGCAGAAGAAAUGUUCAAAUUGAUACCAAAGAUACAGGUAAUGGCUAGGUCUUCACCACUUGACAAGCACACCUUAGUGAAGAAUCUCCGGACCACACAUGAAGAAGUUGUUGCGGUGACUGGUGACGGGACAAAUGAUGCACCUGCACUUCAUGAGGCUGAUAUUGGACUUGCGAUGGGCAUUGCUGGAACUGAGGUUGCGAAAGAGAGUGCCGAUGUCAUCAUUCUUGAUGACAACUUCUCCACCAUAGUCACAGUUGCCAAAUGGGGUCGAUCUGUGUACAUCAACAUUCAGAAGUUUGUGCAGUUUCAACUGACAGUCAACGUGGUUGCCCUCGUUGUGAACUUCUCGUCAGCCUGCUUGACAGGGAGUGCUCCCCUCACUGCUGUUCAGUUGCUGUGGGUCAAUAUGAUCAUGGACACACUCGGAGCAUUGGCAUUGGCCACAGAACCUCCAAACGAUGAACUGAUGAAGAGGACUCCCGUUGGAAGGAAAGGAAACUUCAUUAGCAACAUUAUGUGGAGGAACAUCAUGGGACAGGCAAUCUACCAGUUCUUUGUAAUUUGGUAUCUGCAGACCGAAGGAAAGACGUUGUUUGAACUUAAGGGUGAUAAUUCCGAUCUAGUCCUGAACACGCUCAUCUUCAAUUGCUUUGUGUUCUGCCAGGUAAGUCGAAGUUUCUAUUGCAUUCAUUUGAUUUCUGCGAAAGAGUCUUUUAGGAUUUCACUGUUCCCCGCUCCAAUAAUGCCAUUUAUUUAUCAACCAGGCACUGGUUUCAGCAAAAAUACUAAAUACAAGAAAUACAAUGAAUGCAUCCUUAUUAAUAGGACUAUAAUGCUUCUCUGUCACUAUCAUAAUAUGGCAAACUAUGAACACUUACCAAGGCAACAAAGUCUGACGACUUCAUUACCAAAUAAUAAUUUUGAAUGA